AUUGGGCAGGCUCACCUGUGUCUUGAUUAAUGGGGCGGCCCUAAAACAGCCACCUGGAUGUAGUAAGCGCACCAAGUGAAAGUGUUGAGUUGUAUUGUUUUUUUUUUUUUUUUUUUUUUUCAAGUAUCACUUAAACAAACAUGAGCCCAUAAUAUAUUUUUUAGCAUUCCAUAGCCAAGGCUGAUAAAGAUUGUGAUGGGGGUGGGGGGUUCUGAUGGGAGAUGGCUGAAGAGAGCAGACAUGUGAUGAGGCAAACUUCAUGUGACCCAUGGCUGAGAAGCGACUAUUAGAAGGGGACAAACAGCUGCUUGUGUUGUUUUCUUCCUCCAGUCUGCGAGCACUCAGCCGAUUUGCUGUGAUCAAGAUGCACACGAUAAAGACUGUUGAGACGCAAGUUCCCUUUCUCAAAGAGAGUUUCUUCACCAGCACCUUCAAAGACAAGCGGAAGAACAGCGGCACCGGCGUCCUACGCCGACAACAGCACUCUCAGCAGCUCCCACAAACUCCAUACAACCCUGAGCAGCACUACCCUCUCCCCUCUGAGGGAGGACAAGAGCAGCCCCAUGUCAGGGAGCAGCGGCGCUUUCGCUCCAACAGCAGCCCGUUAUGUAACAGAUCUGAAUGGGGGGGAGCAGAUGGGGACAGAAAGGAGGGGCAACGGGAGAGGAAGGAUCAGAGCGCCAGAGAAGCCCUGACUGGAAGGGGGGGCGGGCGAGGAAUGAGCGUCGGUGGCUUUGAGCCCGAGGCUGCCACCGCCAGUCUCCGCCUCCUCUCGUCAUCGUCGGCGGCAGCAUCCUCACAGCUGCCUCUGACUGCGCUGCGUAAGCAAGCGGGCUUCGUCGGCGGUGACCCUCGGUCACAUGCCCACUCUAGACCUCAGCAGCACGGCCUCUUAGCCAGGGGGGUCCGCCUGCUCCGCAGCAUGGGCAACCAAGAAGCCAAACAGAAGAAGGGAGGCAAUGGCGGAGGUGGCAAGGAUGGCCUGUGUGAUGCUAGUGAAAAGGAAGCCGAAAAGAAAUCCAAAAAGUCUAACAAGAUCAGCAAAGGCGAACAAAAUGAGAAGAAGAAAUCAAAGUCCGAUUCCAAGGUCUCAGUGUUCUCUGGGAUGAAGAUCAGGAAAAGUUCCAAGGCCAAGGGAUUGUCCAGGGAUGACUUGCUGGUGGUCGAAAAGCUGGGGAAAGCAGGGCUAAAGCCCGGAGUGGAGGCCAGCUUGUCGGCUGAUGAGAUGGGCGUGCUAUCGGAUUUUGAGGCUGAUCUAAGCCGCUUGACGGCUGGGAGCCAACAAUCCAUCGUGGAUGAAACAUACCACAAGAACACCUCAGGAUCGGAAGUGGACGUUUACAGUUUCCACUCGGCUGCAGCUGACACCGAUGACCUUCUCUCGGACAUCCAACAAGCAAUGAGGGCUCAGUGUCGAGACUCUGCUUUCCAAAGAAGCAAAGCCACCGAGAAGCUUCUAUCUCAUCAGACUUUGAGCUUCGAGAACGACAUCUCUUCCUGUCGCAACAACAAAUCUGACAACGGAAUUGGACUCAUUAAACGAGAUCCAUCUGUGCCCGGAUCUUUGAGUGAGAGUGGACCGUCCUCCGCACCGGAGACUGAGAGGAGCAGUGGAAGCCUUUUCCCAAAGACCAAUAGCACCUUCAGCUUCCCAGAUACUUUAACCACCACCCCUUCCUCCUAUGAGAGUGCUGAGGAUGACCUGGAGAGCCCAGCCCAAGGCAAAAAUUUAGGUAUGCCGUGUGUCCGGCUUGAACCCAUGGGGGCUCACAAGAGCGCAAGCAGCAUGGAUUUGUCUUCAGAGCGAGCGGAGGAAGAUAACGCUGGGCGGGACCUCCCAUUCCUAAGGAAGAAGAGCAGUCUAUCAAUCAGCCUGCUUACAACCGAGAGCCCUACCAGACCGACUUCUGCCAUCUCCCCAUCCACUGUAAAACUCUACCCUCCUGUGCACCCCUCUUACGUGAAGACCACCACCAGGCAACUCAGCUCCCCCAUCGGGUCUCCACUCACCAGCCCCUGUGUGCCGAGGAGAACAGACUCAGGAGAAACCGACGAGGUCCAGGGUAUCAGGGGUCGAAAACAAAGGUCCAGCUCUAUUGCGGGGCCCCUUGGCACGCCGGGGGACUGGUGUGGCGAGCCUGACAGUGGAGAUGGAGCGGUCUUCUCUGAGCUGGAGCAACCAGAGAAAGGAGCGUCAGCUGGCACAUACUGGACGUUGGGCUCCAGAAGAGCGCAGUAUGGGCACUCCAGAUCUUCCAGAGGGGCGUCUUCCUACCUUGACAUCUUCUCUGGGCGCACACUGCUGGACAGGCUGUGUAUGAACCAAGAGGUUGACUCAUCAGAGGAAGAGGCCAAGCAAAUGUGCCAGCGAAUGUUGACACAGGGUUUGCUGCACCCUUUCAGCGACAACGGUGGGGAUCGUCACGGCAGUGCGUUUAACGGGGAGCAGCUGUACACCUGGGCAACUGUGGGACUGCCGGUGUCCUCACACCUGUGGGAACUCUAUGGUGGGAGAACACCAACCAGAGUGCAGAGUUCUAAAUCACCUUUGAAGGCCAAGUCAGCAGUACCGUCUCACCCCCAGACACAGCUCAGCAGAGUAAAGUCAUGUCAGUCUUCCUCUGAGGAUGAAGGCGGUCUAAUAUCUCAGCUAGAGAAGACCAUUCUUGACCUUCGUGUGAAGAUGGCCGUGCUGCAGAGCCAGCAGGUUUCCUCAGCAAAGGCAAACGAUUGUGAAAGUAGGAGCCAGGAGGCGUUUGUUCAGACCUCGCCUCUAGGAGAUGGAAUUAAGUUGGAUGUGACCACUGGCCUCCCCAAAACAGAGGGGGCCUUUGUAUGCACAUGCCAGCAAAACAAGACAAUCCCACCUCCUCCUCCACCACCACCUUUACCUGGACUUGGAUCAUGUCCACCUCCUCCACCACCACCUUUACCUGGACUUGGAUCCUGUCCUCCACCUUUACCUGGACCUGGAUCUUGCCCCCCUCCUCCACCUCCACCACCUUUACCCGGGUUUGGAUCCUGUCCGCCACCUCCACCACUACCUGGUAUUUUAGCUCCACCUCCACCUCCUCCUCCUCCCCCAGGUAUGGGCCCUCCACCGCCACCCCCACCUCCCGGAAUGGGCCCACCACCUCCACCCCUGCCUCCAGGACUUGGUGCCCCACUUCCACCACCGCCGGGCCCUGGAUUCUCCAAGAUGAUCCAGGAAGCUGCCCCUGCCAAAGCCGUGAUUGAGCCCCCCAAGCCCAUGAAGCCCCUCUACUGGACACGCAUUCAGCUGCAUGCUAAAAAGCAGAGCGGCUCAUUAGUUUGGGAGAAAAUUCAAGAACCAACGGUGGACUUUCAAGAAUUUGUCGAUCUCUUCUCCAAAAGUGCUGUCAAAGAGAAGAAAAAGCCUAUUUCCGACACAAUCAGCAAAUCCAAAGCCAAGCAGAUGGUGAAGCUUUUGAGCAACAAACGUUCUCAAGCAGUCGGGAUCCUUAUGUCCAGCAUCCAUCUUGACAUGAAGGAUAUUCAAAAUGCCGUCCUCAAUAUGGACAACACUGUCGUGGAUCUGGAGACCCUACAAGCGCUUUAUGAGAAUAGAGCCCAGAAUGAUGAGCUGGAGAGUAUCACAAAACACAUGAAGUCAUCGCAAGACAAAGAGGAUGCAAAGCCACUGGACAAGCCGGAGCAGUUCCUCUUGCAGUUAUCAGAGAUCCCAAACUUCUCCGAAAGGGUCUUUUGCAUUCUUUUCCAGUCCACUUUCUUCGAAUGCAUCACCUCAAUUGCCCGUAAAAUGGAAAUCCUUCAAAGAACAUGCAAGUCUCUUCAAAGUGGGAAGUGUGUAUUGCAGGUUCUGGGUCUGGUUUUGGCUUUUGGGAACUUUAUGAAUGGAGGUAAUAGAACCCGCGGGCAGGCUGACGGCUUUACUUUGGACAUCCUGCCCAAAUUAAAGGACGUUAAGAGCAGUGAUAACUCCCAGAGUCUUUUGUCCUACGUCGUUGCUUACUAUAUGAGGCACUUUGAUGAGAACGCUGGAAGAGAGACAUGCAUCUACCCUCUACCUGAGCCACAUGACCUAUUUCAGGCCUCCCAGAUGAAGUUCGAGGACUUUCAAAAGGAUUUGCGCAAGCUGAAGAAAGACCUAACCGCGUGCUCCAGAGAGACGGAAAAAGUAUGCAAGCUGUCCUCAGAAGACAACCUGCAGCCCUUCAAGGACAAGAUGGAUGCCUUUGUUAGUAAAGCCAAAACUGAGCUGGAAACACAGGAGAAACAACUGGCAGACACUCAAAACACCUUCUUGGAACUGAGCACGUCCUUCUCAGUCAAACCCAAAGCGGGAGAAAAGGAGGCAUCUCCAAACACUGUUUUUGGCCUUUGGCAUGAGUUUUCCACAGAUUUUAAAGAGCAGUGGAAGAAGCAGAACAAGCUGAUGCUCAAGGAACGGCUGAAAGUGGCAGAGGAGUGUUUCAGACAAGCCAAGGAGAAAGCAUCCUACAACGUCAAACCCAAACAUGCAACUGGAAUCAAAGCAAAGCUGGGCCAGAAGAUGUAAAGCAGAGAACGCUAAUCACCGAGGCUAACUGCGCAAGUACAAUCAGACUUGACGCAUCAAGACAAUUUUAAUCUAGCAUGUUCUUUUUAAAAAAAAAUAAUAAUAAUAAUACUGUCUUGUCAUGCAUUGGCCCAUUUUAAGCAUAUCAAGAGGAACAUUCAGCCACAUUCUGGCAGCAGAUAUUAAAUCAUAGCUUGCAAAAGACAAACUCAAGCCAUGGAGAUUCAGGCGAAGAUGCCAGACUGCUUACUGCAAAUUUGUAGCAACACUGUAUCCGUGCAUUGUAUUUUAUAAGCAAUAGGGAGAGGAUUUUUCUCUUUUACAGCUUCCCCUAAUGUACUUAAUGGGCAAACACAGGUUUAGUCUUAUUUAUGUAUAUACAUGACGUAUAACACAUCCAGACACAGUGCCUUAUUACACACAAAGGUUGACAAAUGAGUGCUCUACAACAUGGAUUUUAGUGACAACAUUUGUAGGUCAAAAAUUAUAUUUAAAGGAUAAGUGGCGGAGAAUACUUUUAUUUUGUCACAUCCUGGUAGCCUCAAAUAGCCCCCCUUUUGCUGGAAUCACUUAACCCAAAAAUGAAGUCAUCACCCUAUCAUAUCUCACUUUAUGCUGACAUUACUUUGCAGUUUUUUAUAUUCAUAUAAUACACCCAUGUGCUAACUGAGCGAGAGGAUCGGGGAUUUUUGAUGAAAUACCUUUUCACCGUGAAAAAUAUUUAUAAUAAAAUAAUUAACUUUAAUUCGUGCUUUUGGGUCUUUUUUUUAUUGUUCCGGUUUGUCAGUCAUGGCAAAAAAAAGUAAACAAUUUUAUGAAAUAGAUUUAAUAUACUUUUUUCACAUAUGCACACAUACGUAGCAUGUAUAUAUUGUUUAACAUAUAUAUUGCAUUGCACUUUACUUACACAUGCAGCAGUACAGCCUGUUCUCACAUGAAAUUAAUAGCAUUUUGUACGAAAAAAAAAAUGAAUGCACUUUUGCCUGUAGAUAACAUCUAUUUGGGGUUUCCAUGGGAAAACAAAUAUUUUCAACCAUGUUGAUUCAGAGCAGUACAAAAUUUUCCAAAUAUGCAUUCCCACCAUAUUUGUAGCAAAAUACAAAAAAAUGUGUACGAUUUCCUACUAAAUUCUUGUUAAAACAUUUUGAGCAAUAAUGUGUUGUUACUAUGUUUGUAUUGUACUCUACUUGUGUGUCCAAAAAGGUAAAAUUCCAUGUUGUGUUGCCUUUUGAUUAUUGAUUCUGCAGCAUUUAGGACACUAUAUAGAUUCAAAAUGAGGCAGAGAAUUAAAAGAAAAAGUAGUACUACCGAACAUCUCCUACAGGUAAACACCUUUUCACAGUUUGGGUUGAGGGAUAUCUUUUUGACUUUGGACUCCUGUCUCUGUUAACAAAGUAAAAUAUCUAGUCCAGACUGACAUGUACCAGUCUCUUAACAUGUGCUUUAGUUUGCUUUGUAUUUAAUCAGUGCCUUCUCGUUCUGUGUUUCAUUCCAUUCCAAGCACGGAGACGGGACAUUUUUGGCAUCAUUUGUCUGUUUCUCUAUGGUCUUCACAGCUUUCCACGGCUACUCACGUCCACAGACAUGCAGCGACACUGCUUGACCCUUUGCACUUUUCGGUGCCUGAAAGGGGGCUGCAGGUCAGGGCAAUCCAGCUGCACCGUCAGCUGCGUGACGCGGUGCGGCCUGCAGAAGGAACAAGACUGAAACGGCUCCUGGGCCUUAUUGUGGCCUUUUCUACCUUGCCCUCGAUUCUGGCUGUGUCCUGAGCCGCUGGGCCCCAUAUGUCUUGGGAUGUAGAAUGAGUUGCACUGGCCGUAGCAAAAGCGGUUGACCACGGUGCGACUCAGGCAACCCUCCUCGCUGAUGGUCUGGCGCAAGGGUUGGGUCUUGCACCAGUCCCUGCGAAGGUAGCGGCGCUCGGUCACCACCAAGGCCUCGCGGCUAGAGGAAAGCACCUCGGGCUUCUGAUGCAGUAGCCGCUGGUGGCGUUCGGAGGACAGGUUUCCUUUGUUCUUGUACGGCGACGGGAUAUAACUCUGCGGGCGCGACUUUUUGGUUUCAGCCGUGAUGCAGAGCACUCCAGCCAAUACGGCUGCGAUGGUUAUUCUCCACAGCAUUCUAGAUUGGACAGAGACAAAUGAUGCGCGUUAACAACAAAAUGUAAAACAUCUGUUAUCGCAUGAACACUGGGUAAUUCAAAUAAAGCUGUACCUCAUGUUCAUCUUAACCACAUUUAUAUUCUGGCCUUGGCAAAAUUAUCUUUUUUGCAUUCCAAGUCAUUAGUGUAACAGGUAACCCCUGUGGCAGUUCAGCAGUUACAAAUUUGCUCACUUGUUUGCAUGUUUUUGUUCUUUGCUUAAUGAUUUGGGGGAAGCCUUUUAUUGUUUUCUCAAUUUUUCCCCCAAUCAUGCGGAAUAGAAAAACCCCAAGUGUAUGAAUAGAAUAUCGCAUAUACUAGUAGUGAGUACCACUGGUGGUACAGGACUGUAUGUGGGGUUUCUUUGCUGGUACACAAAAGAAUUGCCAAAUUAAACCUCCAGACUGCAUAAUUUUACAGUGGCUUUUUUUUUUUUUUUUUAACCCGGGUCAACUCGGCACAUUUGAGUACAUUUCAGUGGUUUUUAUCCACUUAGAUUUGAUUUAUUUCAACCCCUACACUAGUGUUUUCAUAUUGGCCAUUAUUGAGGUACUUGGCGAACCAGCUGGUUUUUGAAAGUUUUAUGAACUUGCUUACUGAAAGAGUGUGGAUAGUACUAGGAAUUGGGAGAAGUUAAACAUUCCUACUGCAUCCCGUUCAAAAAAAAAAACAAGAAUUUUCAUCAUUUUUCAAGCAAUGCAUUCUGAAAUACAGUGCAUAAACAUAAUUGUAGAUGCACUAUAUCAACAUACAAAAGUUUUGUCAAACAGCCUUCACUACAGGCGUAAUAAGAUAUUCGGCAUUUUAGAGCCUAACUGCCAAGUAUGAGCAGUGUUGGGCAUGUUACUUUAAAAAAGUAAUUAGUUAUAGUUACUCACUACUUCUUCCAAAAAGUAACUGAGUUAGUAACUGAAUUACUCUACAGUAAAAGUAACUAGUUACCAGGGAAAGUAACUAUUUCCGUUACUUUAAAAAGUUGUCUGUCAAAGAAUUUGAAAUUUUCUGAGCAGUAUUCGAGUCAAUUAAAUAGAGAAGAACAGACAGGUAGUUGUGUUAUAGAACCUUGUAAUAUUUAUUGCACCUCAACAGCAACAGAUUUAUCCUACACUUGGAGUGCAACAAAAAUAUACAGAUUUGAAUUCCUUACCACAGAGGUCGACAAAAGCUUUGCCCCCGGGACAUAAAUUACACUUUACAUGUAUGUUCUUUCCUUUAAUUUCGACCAACUUGAAAUAGUGUUUACAUCUCCACCUCGUAAAGGACAAAAUUUCCUCUGAAUGCUCUGCCAUCAUAUCCCUCUGCAUCUGUUUUGUGUGUGUGUGUUUGCCGCAGCCGCUGUUCCGGUUUGUGUGUGAAAACACUGGCUCUGAAGUUUGUUUAAAAAAAACGAAAAACAAAAAAAAAACCUUAUUAACAACAAAUACACAUAUCUAAACAAACAUAGGGUGAGAAAAUUUACAUAUAAACAACCGGCUCUGAAGUACGUGCGCCCCUGACGUGCGCUAUUAGGCUCGAGCGAUUACGUCACAAAAUGGGGAAUCUCGUGAGAUUUGACAACAACACAGCCAUAUUGGAAGAAGGUCUGGCUCGCGGGACACGAAGAACAGAUAUGUGAUCAACCUUAAGGAUGUGAACAAUGCGGGCUUCCACAAUUACGCGAAAUGGACAUUCUGCUGUAUUUAUUGUUUGUUGUAUGUUACUAAACUCAUCAGCGAUUCCGAAAUUACAAAUCGCUAUAAAGCCACGAACAGUUCUGCUGCAGAUGGGUGCAGGACCUGCACAUUAUGACCGUAUUAAACAGCAACUCCAUCGUUCUUGCAAAGGUAGGCUAUGUGUGUUUACUAUUUUCAUUGCCUUGAACCUAAACGCACCCCAAGUCUCGGAUGACAAAUAAACAAAGCAGAGUAGACUCGCUACGGCUGGUAGUUUCAAUUUAUUCAAAGUAAGUAACGCACCGCUUUUGACCGUCAGUAAUGGUAACGGUGUUGUAACGGCGGACAAAAUAAUUAGAUUUCCCCGUUAAUGGAAAAAAUAACGCCGUUACGUUAUUUAUAACGGCGUUAUUCCCAACACUGAGUAUGAGUAGUAUGAGUUUUGCCUUCAGUGCGGGUCAGACAACACAUAUCAAUUAAGAACAUUGGAUGCUGGAGCACCUAUACUUCAUUUAUGAUUUCCUUAAAGAAUCUUUACUGGACUACCAAUUAUUUUGGAUUGGAUUGGUGUUCAAGGUAAAUUGAAACCACUGAAAACAGACCGAUUUGCCUUGUAUCUUGUACAUGGCGAAAGUCAGGAUGGAUUGCACCCUGGCUAAGUAGUUAAAUGUAGAGAAUCCAAAGGUGCUGACCAAUUCGCAACAGCUAAUUGUUAUUGAUUAUUAUGAAUUAAGGAAGAAGAAUGUUUUCCUUUAACAAAUUUUAUUCAAAAUGGUUAUUUUAUUGAGAAUUUCUGGGGACAUGCUCAGUAGUUUACCUUAAAAUCUUCAGGUGUUUCAGUCAUCAGUCAAAGGUGUGCCGGGUGGGGGUAUUUUUAUUUUUGCACCAGUAUUAUUAAUAUAAAAAAGCUCAUAAAAUGUUUAAGCGGGUAAAGAAAAGGGUCAUGGUAUAAUAAUAAUUAAAAAAAAAAAAAAAAAAGUGGUUGUACAUCAUCUUAUUUAAGGGUUUGGGUAAAUUGGCCCUUUGGAAAAACAUUGGCAAAGUCAAGAUACCAGUGGUGAUCUGCACAAGAUCCAUAUGGAAUCCAUCCUGUAGUACUAUUUCAUGGUUUAGGUUUGAAGCUUUCUGUCCUUUGUGACACAAGUCUUGACACACCGAGUAAACAUAAUCUCCACACACGUCCAACUAUUCUUUCCAAAGUUUGUACACACGUACAAGAUAUCUAUUAUUCCUUGGUCCAUACCCUGCAUGCAUCAUAUUUUUAGAAUGUACUUCAAAUUGUUAUUUUUAGAGACAAAAAUUAGUAGAUUAACUGGUAUCAAGGAAGUGUCAAUCAGUAUAGUAAGAUUGACUCUAAAUGUCAGAGAAAUUAGUAGAUUCUCUGCCCUCAUUUGUUGGUGUUAUUGUAAAAUGACUCUAAAUUGAUAUUAAUAGUGUUUUGGGAUUACAGUUUGUAAUAUACAGUAUAUAAAAUUGAUUAUUUUGGCAGUAUUUGUGUCAAUUCUUCGCUUUUCUAGGCUGGGCUUAAUUAUGAUCUCCCACGAAUCAUGAAGUUUGCUGUAUUUAGUUUUUUUUUUCUGUUAUGCAAUGCUCCCCCAAAAUAAACAUCACCUACAAAUCAAAGGAGAGGCUCACACGCACAUAACGAGAAAUGGAACUUGAUUUUAUUGGUCCUGUUGCCUGUUGAAAUAAUUAGGCCUUUGCUUACUUUAGCUAUGAACUAUGCUGUAUAUAUGUAAACCGGGUUUGGACAGGCCCCAUCUGCAUGCCAUUUAGUGAGGAGUUCUAGAACACCUAAGUGCCCAGUCCUUGAUUUAGUGCCUUUGCUGAUAAACUAUUGUUUUCAAGCUGAACUGGGAAAGACCUGCAGUCUUUCCAAUUGUCUUCUGUAUCGUCCUCACGUCAUAAAAGGAGAAUUGAUCUCGAGUCUGCCAGCGUGCAUGCUGUCAGUGUUUGGCGCCAGCACAUUUUUGACCAUCACUCAAGCAUCUUUUGAGCAGAUGUUCCAGAAAAGAACUGACAGAGAACCAAAAUGCCUCAAGGCCAUCAUGCACUGCUAUUCACAGUGCUCUUUUGCUCAGCAAAUGUCUACGUCUUCCUCUCUGCGACCUGCGACUCACCCUGCCCUGUAACAAAUUACUUGAUGGUAAUCCGCUCUGGGGUUUUGACUCCUUUUGUGCUGCUCACGAUCCUGAUGUCAUAGCAGCAGUGUUGUGCAAUGAGCGAUCACUUCUCAGCACAUCUUGCUUGACUAUCAGCAGUCAUUCUUCCAUCCUGUUUGGACCAUAGAUGAAUUCUAACAAGGAUCUUCUUACAAUGAGUCCUUCCUUCCCACAUUUUUGAGGUUUGAAAGGUGUGUUAUACACUGCUGGCCAAAGGUAUUGGCACCCCUGCAAUUCUGUCAGA